UCUGCAGCGCCAGGCGAGCAGCAGCUUCCCUCUGCUGCUGCUACCGGCUACAGGGAGAGACAGACAGACACACAGACAGACAGACACACAGACAGACACACAGACAGACAGACAGACAGACAAACAGACAGACAGACAGGUCUCCGGUGUGGACGGUCUGUCACGACUCUUUGUGUUGAACAGAAUCAGCGGGGCGGUGACUGAUGGAUCCACUGGCUUCAUAACCGGAGACAAAGACGGAAGAGGACAGACAGACAGACAGACAGACAGAGAGACAGACUGAUAGACAGACAGACAGACAGACAGAGAGACAGACAGGUUAGACAGACAUACCGGCGGUCAGAUCGACGCUAUGAUCGACCGGCACACGCUUAGGUAGCCCAGUGCUGAGGUGAAGAGGCUUGUGAUUGGUGGUUGCCAUGGCGCCCAGGCCAUCGUCUGGGGAGCUGUGGGGGCUCCACCUGAUGCCCCCCCGCAUCCUGGUGGACUGCUGCCUGCCCAACGGGAUGAUGGUGAGUCUGGAGUGUCUCAGAGAAACUCCUCUCCUCAGCAUCAAGCAGCAGCUCUUCACUGAGGCCAGGAAGUACCCGCUCUACCACCUGCUGCAGGAGGAGUCAUCCUACAUCUUUGUGGGCGUGACCCAGGAGGCGGAGAGGGAGGAGUUUUACGAUGAGACGAGGCGGCUGUGCGACCUGCGACUCUUCCACCCGAUCCUGAAAGUCAUCGAGCCGCUGGGCAACCGGGAGGAGAAGAUCCUGAACCGAGAGAUAGGCUUUGCCAUCGGGAUGCCGGUCUGUGAGUUCGAGAUGAUGAAGGACCCGGAGGUUCAGGACUUCCGCCGCUCCAUACUGAGCGUGUGCAGAGAGGCCAUGGAGGAGAGGGAGGGGGGAGGGGCCCACAGCCAGGCGCUCUAUGUUUACCCCCCCAACCUGGAGUCCAGCCCCCAACUCCCACAGCACAUCUACAGCAAGCUGGACAAAGGGAGGUUGAUCGUGACCAUCUGGGUGAUCGUUUCUCCUUCCAACUCCAAACAGAAAUACACCCUCAAGGUGACUCACGACAGUUUACCUGAGCAGCUGAUUGCAGAAUCCAUCAGGAAGAAAAGCCGAUCGAUGCAUCUUUCACCUCAACAACUCCGCCUCUGUGUCCAGGAGUACCAGGGGCAGUACAUCCUGAAGGUGUGUGGCUGUGAUGAGUACCUGUUGGAGAAGUAUCCUCUCAGUCAGUACAAGUAUAUCCGCUCCUGUAUCAUCGUGGGUCGUCUUCCUCACCUGAUGCUCGUCUCCAAAGAUAGUCUCUACUCUCAGCUUCCUGCUUCUGGCUUCGUCACGCCUUCAUACAGUCGCCGGACUCCCCAGCCGUCUCCAUGUCCGGGGGGAGGUGAUGGUUCUCCGGCUCGUUCUCUCUGGGCCUUCAACACUCUGCUGAGGGUCCGGCUGCUCUGUGCCACCUACGUCAACGUCAACAUCCGAGACAUCGACAAGAUCUAUGUGAGGACCGGCAUCUAUCACGGUGGAGAGCCGCUCUGUGACAAUGUCAACACACAGAGAGUCCCCUGCUCAAACCCCAGGUGGAACGAGUGGCUGGCCUAUGACAUCUACCUGGCCGACCUCCCUCGCUCAGCCAGACUUUGCCUGUCUAUCUGCUCUGUGAAGGGAAGGAAGGGAGCCAAGGAGGAGCACUGUCCUCUGGCCUGGGGGAACGUUAACCUCUUUGACUACACGGACAUCCUGGUUUCAGGGAAAGUGGCUCUGAGUCUUUGGCCGGUCCCUCACGGCCUCGAGGAUCUCCUGAAUCCCAUCGGAGUGGCCGGUUCGAAUCCCAACAAGGAGACGCCCUGCGUUGAGCUGGAGUUCUCCUGGUUUAAUCAGACGGUCGUGUUUCCAGACGAGCAGCAGAUAGAAGAACACGCAAACUGGACCAUCAGCAGAGAACUGGGCUACAACUACUGCCACGGGCUGAGCAGUCGUCUGGCGUGUGACAGCAGUGUUUCUGCUGGAGAUGGUGAGCAGCUUCGUUCUCUCUGCUCGAGAGAUCCUCUCUACGAACUGUCGGAGCAGGAGAAGGACUUCCUGUGGAGGCACAGACAUUACUGUGUAAACAUCCCAGAGUCUCUUCCAAAGCUGCUUCUGUCUGUCAAAUGGAACUCCAGAGACGAAGUGUCCCAGAUGUACUGUCUGCUGAAGGAGUGGCCUCUGAUGGAGCCUGAAUCGGCUCUGGAGUUGUUGGACUGUAACUUUCCUGACCCGAUGGUCCGAGAGUUCGCUCUGCGCUGCCUGGUGCAAGGCCUGACGGACGACAAGCUGUCCCAGUACCUGCUGCAGCUCGUACAGGUGUUAAAGUAUGAGAUGUACCUGGACAAUCCUCUGGCUCGUUUCCUGAUCAAAAAGGCUCUAACCAAUCAGAGGAUAGGACACUUCUUCUUCUGGCAUCUCAAGUCCGAGAUGCACAAUAAGACGGUGUCCCGCCGCUUUGGUCUGCUGCUGGAAGCUUUCUGCCGAGCCUGUGGAAUGUACCUGAAACACCUCAACAGACAGGUGGAGGCCAUGGACAAACUGGUGAAUCUGACCGACACACUGAAACAAGAGAAGAAGGAUGAAACACAGAAGACUCAGAUGAAGUUCCUGGUUGAGCACAUGUCUCGUCCAGAUUACAUGGAGGCUCUUCAGGGUUUCGUCUCUCCUCUGAACCCGGUUCACCAGCUGGGAAACCUCAGGCUGGAGGAGUGCCGCAUCAUGUCGUCGGCGAAGCGCCCGCUGUGGUUGAACUGGGAGAACCCCGACAUCAUGUCCGAGCUGCUCUUCACCAACAACGAGAUCAUCUUCAAGAACGGAGACGACCUGCGGCAGGACAUGCUGACUCUGCAGAUCAUUAAGAUCAUGGAGAACAUCUGGCAGAACCAGGGCCUGGACCUGCGCAUGCUGCCGUACGGCUGCCUGUCCAUCGGCGACUGCGUGGGUCUGAUCGAGGUGGUGAAGAACAGUUUCACCAUCAUGCAGAUUCAGUGUAAAGGAGGCCUGAAGGGGGCGCUGCAGUUCAACUCCAACACACUGCACCACUGGAUCAAAGACAAGAACAGAGGAGAGGCGUAUGACCGGGCCAUCGACCUGUUCACCAGGUCGUGUGCAGGUUACUGCGUAGCAACAUUCAUCCUGGGAAUCGGAGACCGACACAACUCCAACAUCAUGCUGAAGGAGAACGGACAGCUGUUCCACAUCGACUUCGGUCACUUCCUGGAUCACAAGAAGAAGAAGUUUGGGUACAAGAGGGAGCGAGUUCCCUUCGUCCUGACUCAGGACUUCCUCAUCGUCAUCAGUAAAGGAAUCCAGGAGUCGACCAAGACAAAGGAGUUCGAGAGGUUCCAGGAGAUGUGUUAUAAAGCCUACCUGCCUGUCUGUCUGCCUGCCUGUCUGUCUCUCAGGUUCCAGGAGAUGUGUUAUAAAGCCUACCUAGCCAUCCGGCAGCAUGCCAGCCUCUUCAUCAACUUGUUCUCGCUGCUGCUCGGCUGUGGAAUGCCUGAACUGCAGAGCUUCGACGAUAUCGCCUACCUGAGGAAAACCCUGGCUCUUGAGAAGAGCCAGCAGGAGGCGUUGGAGUAUUUCACCAAACAGAUGAAUGACGCUCAUCACGGAGGCUGGAGCACCAAGAUGGACUGGAUCUUCCACACCAUCAGACAUAUGCCCAAUGAACACUGACACACACACACACACACACACACACACACACACACACACACACACACACACACACACACACACACACACACACACACACACAGGAAGCAGAUUGUCUGGAGUUACGCUGCAGUUGAAAAUCAUGGAUGUAGCAGAUGAAACAGAAAAUACUUUGUAGAAAGAUCAACAAUGGUGAAAAGUAAGAGCAGGGAUUUAUUAUCUUUGAGCAACAUGAUGAAACAAAAUAUAGGUCCGUGGUUCAAGGCCAGAUUUAUAGGAGGGGACCUAAUCGCAAGCUGCACUUUGUCAAGUUCUCUUCAAGUUCUCUUCAAAGUAUGAAAAAGUCCCAAAACGGGGUCUCAGAGAAUCCACGCAGAGUCAGAGUCAGAUGUGAAAAAGAAGUUUUAAUGUGCACAAAAAAUAACACAGAAAAACCCUGAGCAAGUACCGGUAAGCUUGCUCAAGAUUCCUCUGUCUAGCUUCGCCUUAUAUCAUCCAAAAGAGUGACCCUCCUCCUGAGGAACGCUCCAAUGAUCACCUUCAGAUCACGCAUGUACAACUUCAAUUGGCUACUUUUUAGGCCUAAGACCACCUCUUUUGGGGAUUUUCCACUAGAUGAAGUCAUUUAGCUGAUCUUGCAUUUUGAAAGCCUUUGCUUAAGGCUUUUGGCCUGGGCUAUACAGCGGCGGGCCAUCUGCAACUGCUGAGGGUGCAAUAGUAGUAGGCCGUCUUUGGCUGCUUGCGACUGUAUAGCGGCAGACUAUCUGUGGAUGUCUGCAGCUACACAGCGGCAACUGAGGACUGCACGAGGCGGGGGUGGGGAGAGUCCAUGUGUAGCAGUGAGGAAGGCAGCUGCGGGAAGCACUAAGACAGAGAAAGUCUGUGACUCCCACCAGGCACACACAUUGACAUCUCCUCUCUAUAUCACUUUGAUACACGUUGUAUAUGUCCCCGUAAUUCAAUUAAAACCCAGAUUUAUCAUAUUUUGCUACAACAAACGAUGAGGUGGAACUGUUACUGAAAGGUCUGUACCUAACCAAUUAGACUGACUGACGUGUAACGGAAAUGCUGCAGUAGUAUGGACGCGAAACGUAAGCCCCAGUAGUGUGGACGCCAGGCAUGAAAUGUCCCUAGUAGUGUGGAUGAGAGGCGCAAACACUCCAGUAGUGUGGACGCCAGGUAUUAACGCCCCAAUAGUGUGGACAUAAGGCGUAAACGCAGCAAAAGAUCCAUCCAUCUUCGGCCGCUUUUCCGGGGUCUGGUUGCGGGGCCAGUAGCUCCAGCAGGGAGCCCUAACCCUUCCCUUUCCCGAGGCACAUUAACCAGCUCCUGACUGGGGGAUCCCAAGGUUUUCCCAAGCCAGAUUAGAUAUAUAACCCCUCCACCUAGUCCUGGGCCUUCCCAGAGGCCUCCUCCCAGCUGGACGUGCCUCCACCUAGUCCUGGGUCUUCCCCGAGGCCUCCUCCCAGCUGGACGU